AUCUUCGACAUUUGUCAAAUUCGUGUUUUCUUGACUUCUUGUGUUUAGAUGCAAGGACAUUUUUUAGACCAUCAUGGCUUAUAUUAAAAAAGCCACAUCACUUUAUGGCACAAGAGCUCUUAACUUGUCUCGAAGUAAUUUAGUGCGUUUCACACCGAUUUUCUGCGCGAAAGUUGACUCGGUUCGCUACAAAUCUACAGCGGCCAUUCCUAAAGAAGAGGCCAAAGUAAAAAGUUACAAAGAGAUUCCUGGACCAGGCUGGAAAGGAAACUUAAGCUAUUUUGGCAAAAAUGGGAUAGAACAUAUGCAUCUACGCCAGCAGAAAUGGAGGCAAAACCACGGACCGAUCUACCGCGAACAGUUUGGACCUUACAAGACUGCCUUCGUCGCCGAUCCGAAACUUGUUCGAGAAGUUUUCCGAAAUGAGGGCAAGUAUCCUCAGAGAGAGCCUCAGAUAGAAUUGUGGAUGGAUUACAAAGAGAAGAGGAAACAGGCUCAUGGAGUCUUUUCGCUAAAUGGUGAGGAAUGGCUUAAAGCACGCUCAGUUCUGAACAAGAAAAUGCUUAAGCCAAAGGUGGUUCACGGGUACGUACCAGAGCUGUCAAAUGUUGUGGAUGAUUUCAUUGGCCGUGUGAAUGAGCUACGUAGCACAACCAGUGACAAGACUGUCCCAAACCUACAGAAUGUGCUGUUCAAAUGGUCCAUGGAAUCAAUCGGCACUGUACUCUAUGAAAAACAAUUUGGUGCAUUUUCCAAGUCAGGGUCUGAAGAAAGUCAGAGCAUCAUCACUGCUAUUCAGAAUCUCUUUUCUGUCUUUAUCAAGAUGGUCUUCAUGCCUGUAUGGGUGACUAAGUUCUAUGAAACCAAAGCAGUGAAAAUGUUCUACCAGAGCAUGGAUACCCUGUAUGACUUCACUGAUAAAUGUGUAGAGGAAAAGCUCAAAGAGAUAAAUGAAAGAAAUGUUGAUGCUGAUGAGAAUAGUGAAGCAGAGUUCUUGACGUUCCUUGUUGCCAGCAAGAGUCUCUCAUUGUCAGAAAUCACCAGCAAUCUAGUGGAGAUAUUGAUGGCGGCAGUUGACACGACAUCAAAUACAAGUCUUUGGGCUUGCUACUGCCUGGCAAAGAACCCUGAAGUCCAGGAAAAGUUACACAAAGAAGUCACAUCAGUCCUAGAACCAGGAGAAGUCGCCACCCUGGCAACCUUGAACAAAAUGCGCUACCUCCGUUCCGUCAUCAAGGAGACCUUAAGGCUCUACCCUGCUGCACCAGAGAAUGCGCGCUUCAUGCAGAAAGACACAGAGAUCGGCGGGUAUCUUAUUCCUCAAGGGACAAUGGUUCGCAUCCCCCUGUAUGUGAUGGGGCGUGACCCUGAAAUCUUUGACGACCCUCUGACGUUUAGCCCUGAGCGCUGGAUGAGGGGUGACGACACCCAUCCGGAUUAUCACGCAUAUGCCAUGUUGCCCUUUGGCCACGGAACACGCAUGUGUCUAGGUCGCAGAGUGGCUGAGCUUGAGAUGCAGCUGUUGCUAUCUAGGGUGUCGCAGCUGUAUCUACUUGAAUCCAAGAAUGACGUGAAGUCCAUCGUCAGAGGUCUUCUUUCGCCCGACAGGGACGUGAUACUGGCGUUCAAUGACCGCACAUGAAAGUCGCGUCUGAAUACUGACCUGAUAAGCGCAAAUAGACGUUUUUAGACGUAGGGAUCAUCUGGGCUUCUAGUUCCUAGAAAUAAUUAUCAUGCGCAAACUGUAGUUCCAUGCAGUGUAUAUAAAUGCUUAAGUGGC